AUGGAGGAGGAUGAGGAUGAGGAUGAGGAUGAGGACAGCAGCACUACCGUCUUCUCACCGGCGACCAAGAUCAACUACGAUAUCUCAAACCUCGAUCCUGACACCCAGUCCGAAGUCAGACAGCUCUUUCGCGAGACGCCAGCCUCCGAACCUCCCUCUCUGGUACUACAAUGGUGCCAGCUGAAUCAGGAGCAGGGGAAUAAGGACAGCCAGUUCUAUGCCUUUCAGCUUCACGAGAUGGUACCUCGAUCCAUCCGGAUUGGGUCGCCUGGUAGCAAGUACAGCAGUCCGAGGUGUAAUUGUAUGCAGGAUAGCGACAAGCCGUGUCGACACCUGAUCUAUCUCCUGGAUCAGAUCAACGCGAUCAGCUCAGACCAAAUCAAAGACAUGCAGGUGCAGCAGCUCGGACCCUCAGGGGCCUCGACGGGCAUGGGACAACCGUUCGAAAGGAUCUCCAACUUCCACCUCGAUCUGCUCUCCAGCAGCCUACACUGCGACGUGGGCUCCCCUGACUCCAAGACCGAGGCCAACCCAGUACGUCUGGAAGAAACACGCGAGAUCCUAGCAACAGUAGCAAAAUCAGACGCAGACGACUUGGCAAUCAAACACUACCGCAACGACGUCUUCGAGAAAGGCGGUUCGAAUCUUCGGGAUCACGAUAUCAUCACAUACGAUGACCUUACAAAGACCGUCGCCAAGAUGCUUGUCACCAACAACGAUUUCUUUGCAUACUUCCUCAAACUCCUCCCAUCGUCCUCGAAAGCCCGUGAUCCGUUCCGUAAAAUCCAGCAGCACAUUGAUCGUGUGCUCGGUGCCUUGGAUGCCUACUCACAGCAGCCACUGUCCUACGGCAAGGAAGCCACAACAGACUCUGCUGAGGGCCCUCGAGAUGUCUCGUGGGCAACAGCACACGUCUUAGGGGCAGUCUCGAGGAUCAAAGGUCUUCUACAGAAUCGGGAUGACGCUCCUUCACCUUCGGAGCGGGCCAGCGCGGCACGAACACUGGUCCAAAUACUACACACUAUCGUGUUUGACUGGAACCGUGAUCUUCCUCUGUCAACUCUGGCCCCUGGCAACAAUCUCUAUUGGCGUCUCAUAGGCUCACAAUCCAGUGCUGCAUCUUCUGCCUUCGUCCUUGACACACUUUCUCAGCUCCCCGAGCAGAACCAAUGGAUCGAGACGCUGGAAGACAUCGAGGCGCAGCUGUCCACGUGUGGACCGCCAGCCGGAUAUAUGAGACGACUGCGAGAUCUUAUCGCUCUGAUGAGGAGUAGCCGCCCGGCUGCCACGCCUACACGGUCAGGAUUUGUAAAGCAAGGGGCCUCUCGGGCAGAUGCGACUCGUGGGGGAAGCUCGGUGGGUAGCAAGCGGAGCAGUGGGGAUGGUAGUGGACGCCAGGGAGGAGCGAAGAGGGCAAGAUGA